AUGAAAUUUUCACUCUACUGUGUAAGAUUAAGUACACUACGGCGUAUACUUUCGGAAUACGAAAAUUACGUUGGUUACACUUGCUACCAAGCCCGCUUUGUGGAAAUCAAUGGCAGGUGGGGUAGUGCAUCGGUCGCGUUUCUCAUGGCAGAUCAUCGUAGUUCUUUUCAGUUUUGGAAAGGCAGUAUCGAUUUUGCAACCGGUACGGCUGGACAGGUGUCGAGGCGGGUUUUUGGAAGCCGCUUGACAUCUCUCAAUAAAAGAUUGCCAAAACCUAAACGGAUAUUUCUUUUCGAUUGUUGUAUACGAGCUAAUCAUUUAUCUAAUGAGCUAUAUCCACCUUAUAACUUUACUGACAUACUGGUACUGCAAGAACAUCAUGUAUCAAAAAUUAUUUGCGGGCUAUUCUCUGGAUGGGACGUACACGGGGCGGACUGCAAUCCGCUGCAGCGCUGCUUUCAAGCACGAUUUGCGAAAAGCUGGUGGGCUUGGUGUGCAGCGGCAGAUAGGCCGACCCCAUGACAGCCGUUCAAACGAACCAAUGUUAGGCGUGAAAAUCAAUUUGACACAUCAGAGGAACAAGGAUGCAGCUGAGUCCCCUAGUAUUCACUAUGCAGCUCGACAAGAUGAACAAACUUACGUGACAGUUACACUACUUCCUUGUUAUCUGGCGACAAUUCGACCUUGCACUGCUGGCCCGUGUGCUGCAGUGAAGGUCACUUUACUUCUUUUUUUGCUUCUACUUAUGACAGUUCGUCAAUGAAGUCACUAAUGGAACUAGAAACAACCUCCUCCCUGGUUGCAGCUACCAGAACAUUAUCAUCAGACUUCGGUAGCCGCAGCCUCGAUCAGCGGCUGAUAUAAGUAUGUGUUUUCUUGCUACGUUCACGUAUGAUGCUCGAAUUCGAAAGCAAAUGAGAUGGCGGUGUCUUUCACGGUACGAGUGAGACAAAGAAAUGUGUGUCUGGACAGGAACUUAAUCGUCGCAUGGCUGCUAUUAAACAUCAAAGAGAACAACUGACGGGUUUGCUAUCCACACCGCGUGGCACCCGUGCUUUAAAUUUAAUACCUACCGGACUACUUUAUUCAACCCAAGAAGAAAAGAAUUUGAAACUAAAUGGUCAUGACCUUAUACUAAGUGAAUGAAAGAGUUGGUGGACAUUAGAACAAGUGACAAUGACUGGCUACCACGAUAUUAGUGAUUUGGUUGUCUUCGACAUUUAGUCAGAAAAACAAAGUAUGGUGGAUUUGCCCCGUUUUCCGCAGAGUCACUUCUCGAUGUUCUACAGUUACCUACUGACUGGGCGAAAAAGACCAUAGCCCUCCGACAGGGUGCGUAUGAAAUACUAGAGAUG